GUGACCCUGUGUAGAGUGCGGCAGGGGAUGAUUGCAGGGUGCAGGCCCGCCAUGGCACGGAGUACUGAGACUAGACGGUCAGGACCACUAGGGGGAGGUAGCGGGACGUGCAGGGCGACACAGGAAGAGGAAACUGCUUCUGACUCAGAAUAAGAGAUGGUUCACCAGCAAACAGAACAUGUGACCCAGGAUUGGCCCGAUUAACUCUUUAAUGUCCCAAGAAGCAUCGUGUGCCCAGUGCAUGCGUCUCCAGGCAUGCUACAUGUCCAGAUCCUGCAGAACAUGGGUGUAAGUCCCCUCGGCCCCUGAGGUGCAUGCAGUAACAAGGUACAGCUAUAGGCCCCGCAUCCUGGGACGCACAGACAUGGAAGACAGAAGCCUGGAGCCGGCACUGCGAGAUGUCUACCCGUCCUGCGGGCACCUGCAUUGUUCAUCCAUGGAAACAUCUGCAAAGAAUGGACAAGGCUGCUCGGAGCUGAUGGUCAGUCAGGCCGAAGGCCAGUACGUGCUGUGCCGCUGGACAGACGGCCUCUAUUACCUGGGCAAAAUUAAGAGGGUGAGUAGCACAAAGCAAAGCUGCCUCGUGACGUUUGAGGACAACUCCAAGUACUGGGUGCUGUGGAAGGACAUUCAGCACGCCGGGGUGCCCGGAGAGGAGCCGAAGUGUAAUAUCUGCAUGGCAAAGACCAAAGCCCCGCUGAAUGAGAUCCUCAUAUGUGGCAAGUGUGGACUUGGAUAUCAUCAGAAGUGUCACAUUCCGGCGGUGGAGAGCGGAGAAAACGGCAUUCUGGAGCCCUGGUUCUGCAGACGCUGUAUCUUUGUCCUGGCUGUCAGGAAAGGAGGCGCAUUGAAGAAAGGUCCUAUUGCAAAGACCCUGCAGGCGGUGAAGAUGUUCCUGACCUACUGUCCUGAGGAUCUGGACUGGGACUCUGCGCACAGAACCAACCAGCAGCAGUGUUACUGUUACUGUGGGGGCCCCGGAGAGUGGUACCUGAAGAUGAUCCAGUGUUACCGGUGUCGGCAGUGGUUCCACGAGGCUUGUAUCCAGUGCCUGAAUGAGGCCAUGUUGUUUGGAGACAGGUUUUUCAUAUUUUUUUGCUCGGUCUGCAACCAUGGGGUGGAGUUCAUCAAGCGGCUCCCGCUGCGAUGGGUGGACGUCGUUCACCUCGCGCUGUACAACCUGGGGGUCCUCAGUAAGAAGAAAUACUUUGAUUUUGAGGAGAUCCUGACUUUUGUCAGUGACAACUGGGAGCGGCUGCAGCUCGGGAAGCUGUCAGUCACCCCGGUGGAGGAGCGAGGGCAGCAUCUUCUGGAAUCUUUAAACAGCUACAAAAGCAGGUUUCUUUGUGGCAAAGAAAUAAAGAGAAAAAAAUGCAUCUUCCGCUUACGUAUCCGGGUCCCCCCGAGCCCCCCCAGUAAGCUCCUACCAGACAAGCUGCUGGGCCAGACGGAGAACCGGUCUGUGGGGGAGGCCAAGAAGAAGGGACAGAGCAAAUACAAGAACAGCCUCCUGCCUCGCGAGCGCCAGAAGAGGAGCGCCCUCUGCAGGAAGCCGUCCCAGUUCCUCCUGGAGGACGCCAUUCCCAGUAGCGACUUCACUUCCGCCUGGAGCACCAAUCACCACCUGGCGAGCAUCUUUGAUUUUACGCUGGACGAGAUCCAGAGCCUGAAGAGUGCUAGUUCUGGACAGAAUUUCGCUUCGGAUCUGGAUUCCAAUGACACAGCCAGCACAUCCGGCUCUGCAUCUACCAGCCUGUCCUACGAGUCGCAGGGCCAUGUCGGAAGCAGGAAGAGAAAGUUGACUUCCAAGAUGUACUCCUCCUUUGAGUCUAAGAGGCAGGCAGUGAACCAUUCCGACCAACCGACCAGCUGCGCCAGCGAACUGAUAGGAUAUGCCAGGGCAUCCGAUUUCCAAGACAACGGCAUGGAUGGCCACACUUACGAAAGCAUCAGCGAGGAUGAUGUGUCACUGCCGCACCUUAAAACCUCCAUCACCAAUUUCUUUGGCGCUGCAGGCAGGUUGGCAUGUGGAGAGAAGUACCAGGUCCUGGCGCGGAGAAUCACCCCAGAGGGCAAAGUUCAGUACCUGGUAGAGUGGGACGGAACAACUCCCUACUGAGAGAUUUAUAACCCAAGUAUAUAUUGUGUAUGUUAGUCUGAUAACCAAAGGUGAGGUGCGCAGGCGGCAGCAGGGCUCCCCGCUGUGGAGCUGGCGAGGGGGUCUGUUCCCGAAACGAGGGCGUUGUGUACGUGUCAGAGACUUGCUGCAAUUAUGACGAAAGCACUUAAUACAGGGUACUAUGCCGAAUUGCCUUCCUCAACAUUACGGACAAUAUUAACAGUUCUGGUUUUAUGCACCAUGAAUGGCGCGGUAAUAUGGCUGCCGGCCGCCACUUAUCAUACAGUUAUCAGUAGGACCAAAGACUUUAAAAGUCGCUAUUAAAGGGGUUGUCUCCUCAUGGACAACGGGGGAGGUAUCGCUAGGAUAUGCUCCCAUUGUCUUAUAGGUGCUGGACCCGCACCUAUAUCGAGAACGGAGCCCCAUAAGGUGGUGGCUGGAGGACUCCGUUCCGGCCAACACCAAGCAGGCUCCCCAUAGAAGUGAAUGGGAGCGUACCGCGCAUGUGUGGCCCCCACUCCCAUUCAUUUCUAUGGGGCCGACGGAAAUGGCCGAGCCAGCUCCCAGCUAUUUUCGACCAGCCCCAUGAAAAAUUAAUAGAGAGCGGCUGCGCAUGCGCAGUGCGCCCUCCUUCACUUGCGGGGCUCCGGUCUCCAUAUAAGUGCGGGUCCCAGCGGUGGGACCCACCCCUAUAAGACAUGGGGGCAUAUCCUAGCGAUACCUCCCCCAUUGUCCAUGAUGAGACAACCCCUUUAAAUGCCUGAUCUAAGUCGAGCUCCAGCACUCUCUGUGUUUUAAUUCCUCGCCGGUUCUUAGCACAGCUGAUGGUUUGGUACAGUUGUAUUCAAUCUAGACAAUCCUCUGGGGGUUUAGUAGUCUGGCCAUCAAAUGAUACAAUUUACCUGCGCUGAUACAUUGUAACAAACUACCAGGGCUGGAGAGGGAUUUGUGCUGCUGCUGUGAUUUGCUCAUGGAGGAUUGUCAAGAUUGUGCAUAGCUGUAACAAACCCUCAGCUGUGAGACAAAAUAUCCCUGUUCACUGACAGCAAGCAGAGAUUUUGAAAUAGUGAAGAAUUGAAACACAAACUACAUUCAGAGAUUACGGCACUUCUUUUGUAUUGUACAAUGAUUCCGCAUCGUUCCUCCAUAACCCCCCCCCCCCCCCCUCUGCUCCUGGUUGUUUAACCCUUUAGAUAGUAUCUCAGGUGCUUGACACAGAGAAGGGCUCUCGCUGUCAUUCCAUCGGGGCCUGCAGGGUUAUUAUUAUUAUAAUUUUAAUUGAAAUAUAAAGAACCCCGGCACUUCUACUGUCCAUCGUUUGUAAAGCCACAGAUGUUCUGCACUUAUUUUAGCUAAACACAGGACUGGGAAAUGCAAAGGAAGAAUUUUACCUUCUCCUUCCUGCUGGAUCCAUUCCGGGUUUUGGCUCAAAAACGACAAAACGGUUUGUGAAACUCCCCUACAGGCGCUCCGCCAUGUCCGCCUCCUCACUGCCCUCUGGCUGUAGGCGUACUUUCACACAGCGUCGCUGGAUUCCGGCAGUCUGUAUACAAACGGAAACCAUUUGUAGAUGGAUCCGGAUUCGUCUCACAAAUGCAUUGCAAUACCGGAUCCGUCUCUCCGGUUGUCAUCCGAAAAAAAGGAUCCGGUAUUUAUCUUUUUCACAUUUUUUAAAGGUCUGCUCAUGCACAGACCGCAAAACCGGAUGCGUUUUGCCAGAACACUUGGGGCCGGAUCCGGCAUUAAUGCAUUUCAAUGUAAAAUCAUUCCAGCAAGUGGUCCGGAAUUAUAGACUGCGGUAUUUUCUCCGUCCAAAAACCGUACAGUUACUGAACUGAUGCAUCCUGAACGGAUCGCUCUCCAUUCAGAAUACAUGGGGAUAAAACGGAUCAGUUCUUUUCCGGUAUAGAGCCCAAAGGACGGAACUCAAUACCGGAAAAGAAAACCGCUAGUGUGAAAGUAGCCUAAGACGGCAGCAGGAGCCUCCCCGCACCUCCCUGCCUGAAGUAGGGUGCUAAGGCCCUUCCCUUCAGCCAACCGACAGUGGCAGAAGGAGGAGAUCCGCCAGAGAUUAACCCCGUGUUUUCUGCGUGUGUCCGAUCUUGCAGAUCGUGCUGCAGACUAACUGUAUGGGGCGACUGUAUUCCUUGUAGCCUUCAGUUCUUACUUCAGCGUUUCUUUAAGGGGUUAAAGGGCAAUACCUGAUGAAAUGCACUUAGAGAUGGGAGGCAGUCGGCAUCACGGUCAAUCUUCUCCUUCCCCGGGUGUAAUAUGUAAGACCUUUUGUCUGGGGUCUCCGAGGAAGACAGCCCUGGUGACUGUUAAAGGGGCAUCUUCAGAGGGGUGGUCUGCCCCGUCAGCCCGGUCAUAUCCCCUCCUGGAGAUGGGCAGCGGAGGGAUUCAGUGGCUGCUGUGGAUCAUUAGUCAUAUUGUCUCCCUGUCAUAUCACUGUAGCCCACAAUGUGAGACCACUUACCCAAACUGCUGGGGCCCCAACAAUAAUUGUACUGUACACUCGGCAUCAGGACGUAGAGGCUUCACUCAUGGCGGCUCCUUCUUGUGUCAACGCUAACCCUUUAUACACCUUGAAUCACUCCAAUACUGGCGUAUUAUACUGACGUAUGAUGCCCACGUGUAACGCUGACAUAUGAUGCUGACGUAUGAUACUGACGUAUGAUGCCCACUUGUAACGCUGACAUAUGAUACUGACUGGUAAUUUGUGUUCUCCGUACUGAGGUCAUCUGUUUUUGCUGCCCCCUGUGCUCUUGGCAGCUUUAGAUAAAAAGAUUUUCUGCAUAAGGUUCAAACCAAGCCAAUUCUGCCAGUAGGGGGCGCAGUGACUCCUCUUCUGUUUAUAGCCGUUUAUGCCUGUAGGUGGCCAUUGAUUUCCAACUAAAGGUGUUAAUACAGUUCUCUGUUCUGCCUGUAGGUGGCACAGUGGUCCCUACCAAUGGUAUUCAUACAGUUCUCUGUUCUGCCUGUAGGUGGCGCAGUGGUCCCUACCAAUGGUAUUCAUACAGUUCUCUGUUCUGCCUGUAGGUGGCGCAGUGGUCCCUACCAAUGGUAUUCAUACAGUUCUCCGUUCUGCCUGUAGGUGGCGCAGUGGUCCCUACCAAUGGUAUUAAUACAGUUCUCCGUUCUGCCUGUAGGUGGCCAUUGAUUUCCAACUAAAGGUGUUAAUACAGUUCUCUGUUCUGCCUGUAGGUGGCACAGUGAUCCCUACCAAUAGUAUUCAUACAGUUCUCCAUUCUGCCUGUAGGUGGCGCAGUGAUCCCUACCAAUGGUAUUAAUACAGUUCUCUGUUCUGCCUGUAGAGGGGGCAGUGAUCCCUACCAAUGGUAUUCAUACAGUUCUCUGUUCUGCCUGUAGGUGGCGCAGUGGUCCCUACCAAUGGUAUUCAUACAGUUCUCCGUUCUGCCUGUAGAGGGGGCAGUGAUCCCUACCAAUGGUAUUAAUACAGUUCUCCGUUCUGCCUGUAGAGGGGGCAGUGAUCCCUACCAAUGGUAUUAAUACAGUUCUCCGUUCUGCCUGUAGAGGGGGCAGUGGUCCCUACCAAUGGUAUUAAUACAGUUCUCCGUUCUGCCUGUAGAGGGGGCAGUGAUCCCUACCAAUGGUAUUCAUACAGUUCUCCGUUCUGCCUGUAGAGGGGGCAGUGAUCCCUACCAAUGGUAUUCAUACAGUUCUCCGUUCUGCCUGUAGAGGGGGCAGUGAUCCCUACCAAUGGUAUUAAUACAGUUCUCCGUUCUGCCUGUAGAGGGGGCAGUGAUCCCUACCAAUGGUAUUAAUACAGUUCUCCGUUCUGCCUGUAGAGGGGGCAGUGAUCCCUACCAAUGGUAUUAAUACAGUUCUCCGUUCUGCCUGUAGAGGGGGCAGUGAUCCCUACCAAUGGUAUUCAUACAGUUCUCUGUUCUGCCUGUAGGUGGCGCAGUGGUCCCUACCAAUGGUAUUCAUACAGUUCUCUGUUCUGCCUGUAGAGGGGGCAGUGAUCCCUACCAAUGGUAUUAAUACAGUUCUCCGUUCUGCCUGUAGAGGGGGCAGUGAUCCCUACCAAUGGUAUUAAUACAGUUCUCCGUUCUGCCUGUAGAGGGGGCAGUGAUCCCUACCAAUGGUAUUAAUACAGUUCUCCGUUCUGCCUGUAGAGGGGGCAGUGAUCCCUACCAAUGGUAUUAAUACAGUUCUCCGUUCUGCCUGUAGAGGGGGCAGUGAUCCCUACCAAUGGUAUUCAUACAGUUCUCUGUUCUGCCUGUAGGUGGCGCAGUGAUCCCUUAUUAUUUUAGGUGCUGGUCUGUAGAGGGCGCACUGGACUCGGCUUUCCCUUGCACUGUAUGUGCUCUGCCUGCAGAGGGCGCACUUCUACUACUCUACAGCUUGCAGUGACACCAGUGGCUGCUGUGACCCCAUUACAGAGAAUUAUUAGCGAGUGCCGGGAGCCGUCACUACACAGCUGGGGGCCACGGUAUGUUCUGCUUGUAGUGAUGUACAAUGUCACCUGAUGACACCUGGAUGAGUGCGCCUGUCACCAGGGGAGGUAAACCCACCGCCCGCAAAGGCUGUCACACGUCUGCCGCAGCCAGUGUCGCGCGCUUCACUUUGCAGUGUUUUUUUUUAUAUAAAAAUGGCGCAUCUUUUCUAAGUGUUUUUGCAGCUGAUAUUCCACCGCUGGGCUGGUGCAUUUCAUACAUGUAGGACAGACCCCCCUGGGGGAGGGGAGGGGGGGGGGGAUGUCCUUAGCCAAUCAGAAGCCCAGAGAGGCCUCAUGUGAUGUCUUUGGACCUGACUGUAGUUGACUUCUCCUGACCACCUGGGGGGGGGGGCUCCAUAUUCUAGGCCACUCCCCCUAUCUGCACUCCUGGGGGCGGGGUUUAGUAGCUCCGUAAAUGACCCCCCCCCCCUGUGACAAGAUGGCGGCCGGCACUGUGUAUCUGGUGCGCUAAACGCAGCUACGUCUAAAUAUCUACUCCUUAGUAUUUCUCAUAAUAAUAUAAGAAGAAGAUGUCUAUGGUAGAUGGCGCGCCGCGCUCCUAUUUUAUAGAGAUUGUAUUUUAUCAUUUGCUGCUAAUAAUCAUCUCCUCGCGGCGUCUCAGCGGCAGAGAUGGACGCGCUGAUUGUGAUGUCACCGGCUGCAGCGAGGACAUGUAUCAAUAAAACUGCUAUAUGUUA